AUGGCGGCCUCUGCAGUGAGAGGCGCUGUGGCGCUGCGGGCCAAUAUGGGCCGGCACGUUGCUUUUGUCAGAAAAAUUCCCUGGACCGCUAACUCGGUUGCGCUGAGAGAACUUUUCGCGCAGUUUGGACAUGUACGCAGGUGCUCUCUACCUUUCGACAACGAGACUGGCUUUCACAGAGGUAUGGGUUGGAUUCAGUUCUCUUCAGAAGAAGAACUUCGUAACGCACUACAGCAGGAAAAUCAUGUUACUGAUGGAGUAAAGCUCCAUGUUCAAGCUCAAAGACCAAAAGUUUUGCAAGGGGAUCAAACAUCUGAUGAAGAGAAAGAUUUUUGAGACUAUUAAUUGCCAAUUAAAUAGAGCACACAAAA